AUGUUUACCAAAUUAAAGAAUAAAGCUGCUUCAACUAUAUCUCCAACUUCAUCAUCUAAUUCUUCACUUAAUGAGAAACCACAGCCACAAAAACAACUUGAAAUCAGAAAUAUACCUUUUGAUCAACCAAGUGAGGAAUCUCAUAUUAAUCCCGAACCCAAAUUAACAUCAGAACAAGAUGAAAAAUAUUUAACAAUAUUAAAACAUUUUCAAAAUAAUGAUUUAAAAAUUGCAAAUAGUGAAGAAGAUCAUAAAAAUCAUAAUAAAAAUGAUUUAAUAACAAUUGAAGAAAAAUCUUGGUUAACAAGAGAAUGUUUUUUCAGAUAUCUUAGAGCGACAAAAUGGAAUGUUAAAGAAUGUAUUGAUAGAAUUGAAUUAACAUUAGCUUGGAGAAGAGAAUUUGGUAUAAAUCAUAUAAAAGAUGAAGAUAAUAUAGUUAAUGGUAAUUUAGUUGCACCAGAAAAUGAAACUGGUAAAGAAGUAAUAUUAGGUUAUGAUAAUGAUUCAAGACCUUGUUUAUAUUUAAAACCAGGUAGACAAAAUACAAAAACAUCACAAAGACAAGUACAACACUUAGUUUAUAUGUUGGAAAAAGUAAUUGAUUAUAUGCCAUCAGGACAAGAUUCAUUAGCACUAUUAAUUGAUUUUAAAGCACAUCCUAUUGGAACACAAGGUGGUAAAAUACCUCCAGUUGGUACAGGUAGACAAGUUUUACAUAUAUUACAAACUCAUUAUCCUGAAAGAUUAGGAAAAGCAUUAUUGACAAAUAUACCAUGGUUAGGUUGGACAUUUCUUAAAAUUAUUCACCCAUUUAUUGAUCCUUUAACUAGGGAGAAAUUAGUUUUCGAUCACCCAUUUGAAAAUUAUGUACCUAAACAACAAUUAGAUCAAGAUUUUAAUGGUAAUGUAAAUUUUCAAUAUGAUCAUGAAAAAUAUUGGAAUAAAAUGAUUGAAAUAUCACAAGAAAAGAAGUUGAAAUAUUAUCAAAGGUUUGAAAAAUUUGGAUCUAUAGUUGGUUUAAGUGAAGUUGAUUUAAGAGGUGAUGAUGAAGAAUUAACAUAUCCUGUUUUAUAG